CCUGUCCGCCGCCGGGGGGGAUACAUAGCCUGCAAGGGCAACUACGCCGCUCCAAUGGGAGAAUGCUACGCGGCUCUCUGGGGAAUCAGUCACUUUCGCGCUUACCUGUACGGGCGGAAGUUCACCUUGGUAACCGAUCAUGAGCCCCUGUUGGCUCUGAAGAAAUCGAAGGAUUACUCUGGCAUGAUCGGGCGAUGGGCAACGGUGCUGCAGAGCAUGGACUUCGACAUUCGUCAUCGGAAGCACGAGAAACACGGGAACGCGUACGGACUGACACGAUUGCACCGGCCUGAGAAAGUUCCGAAGAGUGAGGAGGUUACGUGGACGCAGACACGAAAGCAUCCUGCGUGGAUCGAAAAUUUGGAGCUGCUGAUCAUACAAGCUUGGAAGACCAACAUGGAGGGCGAUCUUCUCGGCUUUCUCUUUGGAUCGGUACGGCCGGGCCGCCGCCAGUUGAUUGUGCAGGAGCUCAUCGCGCUGAUUGUCCAGUUAACGGACGAUCCCUCGCCCGAUAUCUUCUCGCAAAGUGACAGCCCUGCCCCACACGUCCUCACGCGGUCGUUGGAUCCAUACCUUCAGUGGACUGCGUGCUUGGAGGAGCCCAGGGACCCAGAUAUGCUACCAUCACGACAGGAGUAUCUGAAGCCUUACGACAUCAUCCCUCACACCUUUUAUCCAAAGGCGGAGGAAGUGGUGAUCGACGACGACGAAGAAGACGACGACGAGGAAACGUCGGAGGAGGGAAGCUAUAGCGAGUAUAGCGAGGGGGAGCUGAGUGAAGAAGAAGAAGAGGAGGAAGCAACGCGCACGGGCACGGUGGCGGAAGACCCUGAGGCUACGUGUAGGCGAGAAGAGAUUGCCGCCGGGAAACGCCAGCUAGAAUUCGCCAGCGGAGCAAGUCAGCGCAUCGGUGACGAUUCGACCAGGGAUCCGGAACCGCCAAAGCCCGGAGAUGGCAACCCCGCAGCCGCCGCCUUAAGUACCACGCGACGGAGACGGAGCAGAUCCCCCUCCUCGUCCAGCCCCACCCGUCCCCCAGUUCGUGCACGUACCGAUGCGGGUGAUAGGCCUUCGUCCUCGGAUGUUAUCCCGCCGCCCCCUUGAUUUCCUCACCCUCGAACAGAUCCACACCCCCGU